ACUGCUGCUUUUAGUCUCCUUCCGUCAGCAAUGUAAACACACAGCGGUUCCCAAUCUCAGUUUAGCCGCACACCACAAACAAUGAGACCAAACAAACAUACCCUUUGGAAUUAAUGCCUGAACCUCAUGUCCAAAAAGGAGAGACUCAAUUAGUCUUAUUGCUGCUGUUUAAGGUCAAAUGCUUCCAAUUAUCCACACAAACCUGUGAUUACAAGCCUUGUUUGCCUGCGCCUUGAGUGAAUCAUGGGAUCAUCCUGUCGCUGUGAUUCAUAUCAUGCCAGACUUACAUGACAUGUCUAUAAAAAGCAGAGGGACUCUCCUCUGAGCUGUAGUGGGAGGGCCCCAUCCAACCAGCUAAACAAGAGCUUUUCACUUCUGCUUCUGUGAGGAAGUAAAGGAGGCACAUGACCUGGGCCAGCUGAUCCUGACAUGGGACAGACCACGCACUUGGCUGGAAUAAAACAGCACAGAUGACAGCGUCCUCCUGGAGCCUGGAAACUCCCAGAUGGCUCUAACACAAGGACAGCACCAGACUGCCAAAAAGGAGAGGAUCAAUAAGGAAACCGGAGAGCUGAGUGCUUCAGGGGAGUUAUCUGUCUCUGUGGAGUUAAAGCUGGACAAAGUGGAGGGCUCCUGUAGGAACCCCAAACUCCCACAAGAGCUCAGAGAACAACUGCAGGAGCUGGGGAUUUACACGUGCGAGGGGUCCGACCAGAGGACGGACCAUGUUCCUUUAGAGCUGAGAGAGGAGCAUCUAAUCAAGACCCUCCCUCUUUAUAUUCAGGUCUGUGAGGAGGGAGCAAGACUUGAUGGUUUGAACAUAAAGGGGCUCGCAGCUCUGACUGCUGACACUGUCAUCCACAACAUCCACAGCAGUCUAGCAGAGAGACCUGCAGAGGGCGCUCGGGGCGAGGUGGUGCAGUUCUUCCACAGGCGGGAAACAGACUGUGAUGUGAAAGACAAUCAGGGUUGGCUGCUGUUAAAGUCUCUGCUGCUGCUGACAGCUGACAGCUCAGAUAUACUGUCCUGUAUAAACCCGGGACUCCCUGCUGCUUUGGUGAAAUGUUUGUACCUGCUGGUGUGUCUCCCGUCUAUAAAGGAGAACCUCACAGCAGAAGAAACCUUCCAGGAGCCUCUGACACAGGUUCUCAUCCAGCUCUGCAGGCUGCCAGUUAACGUCGAGAGGCUCGUGGAAACUCAGGAGCUGCAAUGUCUGAUCAUCGGCCUCACUUCGCUAUGGGACCAGACCAGCCCAGCCUGGAGACAUCAGGCCUCCCGUGUCCUCAAGGCGGUCUCUGCUGUGGCAACAAGCAACACUGUCCCAAGCUUGAUAGGGAAGAAUUGUGUUCGUAUCUGCAUCCAGAAUCUGUUACACAUCAGUCCUGAUGUCUCAGGGCCUCUGCUCGCUGAGGUCGCUGUGGCGGUGUUCAGCUUCAUCAGAGACACCUACGCCCUCAGUCCAGCUCUCUUUACAGAGUUUGACACCAACAAUGGAUACAAGGCACUUGAAAACAUCCUGAUAAGGUGUGAGGAAGGUGUCUCUGUGGAUCAGUUCCAACCUGUAGAGGAGUUGCUGGCCCUCAUAGCUUCUUUCACCUUCUUUGGGAGAACUGAGCUGAGAGUCGCUCUCUGCGUCACCAACCCUCAGCCUCCAGGCUUUAAGUUUGACCCGCCGAUCACCAAAGGUUUGUCCAUAAAAAACCUCCAAGCCUUCCACCUGCUGCAGUCCUCCUUGAUGCGUUGUCAGGAUUCACUGUUAUGCUGCCAGCUUCUCCGAACUGUGCAGACAAUAUGGGAGAGGGACCCCGCCAAUUUCUUCCUCUUGGAGUGGACGGUCCAGUCGAUGUCUCAGCUGGCCGCCUGUGUGUGGCGUAAACCAGCACCCGUCCAGAAACUGUUCUUUUCACUCCUAGAGAUGGUGGUGUUUAAGCUAAACUACAUCCCCCAUGAGACUUUGCGGGGCCUGCUGGGUGUGCUGAAGCAGAGCUGGGCUGGGACACUUGGCGGAGGAGUAGAGGGGAUUGAGUUUGGAGUUGCAGCUCUCAAGUGUUUUCACCGGUUGACCGUUCACAGUGGUAUGCUAGCUGAGGUGUUAAGUGACCGGGGUCUGCUGGAACUGCUUCUCGGGGAACUCAGGAGGAGGGCCAAAAUCAUCAGGAAGGCUGGAGUUGUUUGCCCACCACAAAUAAAUCCUCAGCGCCUGCUUUCCAUUGAGGAUGGUGAAAAACAGCUUACAGCCUGUAUGCUUCAAGUUGUGUCAACCCUUACUCUGCGCUCAAUCAAAAACACAGUUUCAGUUCGAGACCUCGGUAUGGUCCCCUACAUAAAGAUCUUCCUGGAUGAAGAUCAGUAUCGAGGCCCAGCUCUGAACAUUUUGGAGCAGCUCGCUGAGAUUAACCCCGAGGAGUUCAUGAGCACGGCCAUCGGAGCGCUCUGCUCCUCCACACAGCAGGAGCUUGGGUUGAAGAGGGACCUCUUGCAGUCCGUGCUGAAGGUGCUAGAGAGCCCAAACAGCUGGGACGCCUUCAGGAGAGCAGGAGGCUUCACUGGACUUCUGUCUCUGGUGAUCGACAUGGAGGGAGCUUUGUCUGACUCUCCCCAGGGUGAAGUGUGGAGGUCCCUGGGGCGUCAACCGCUGCUGGAUCUCCUCCUCCUCACUCUCCACAUUCUGGCCUUGGCUGUGCAUCUUCACUCAGUAAACGCACAUCACUUUGAGACUGGGGGCUUUUAUGAAAGACUGGCAGAGGCUCUACUCCAGCUGGGCUGCUUCCACACUGAAGGCCUCGAGAAAGAGAAGUUUGAGGAAGAGGGGAAAGCUGCAGAAGAAAACCAGUCUCCUGUUAAGAGCUUCUAUGCGUUUGUGGAGUUAGCAGAGACCCCUGAAGCCUCCUGCCCUCCCUCCAUGACACCUCAGCCCAAACUGCCUCUCACCCUUUGCACAUGUAUAAGACUGCUUUCCUAUCUGGACCAGUUUGCCACAGGGACCUACUCUCCUCGGGGGUUACACUUGGGACUACAAACUAUGGAUGGAGAUAAAGAUGGACUAAAUGGAUCAGCAGGGCAUGAAGGAGUGCAUGCAGGGUCUCCUCCUGUCCACUUAGGAUCAGGGCCGCAGUCUGUGGAGGACACACAGGGAAGAUCCAGGACCACAGGAGCCAGUGUUUCCACAGUUUGCACAGAGUCACAGUACAGGUUUACCUGUGAUCAUACUAUUCUUCAUCCAGGAGCGAUCAGAGUUAUAAUGACUCUCCUUCCAUCUGUCUUUACACCUGAGGACCCACAGAUUUCUAUGGAGGUCCAGUUCUCCCUGGCACACCACAUCCAGGACAUGAUCAAAUCUGAGGGGAACCGCCAGAUAAUGUGUGAAGGGGCGCUGGUCUCCACACUCCUGACCCACUAUCAGAGCAUGUUACUGAAUCCAAACCACCCGUUACAUCUACCUGUUACACGUGUCUUUGAGAAGCUCUCAUCCCAGGCCAUCACGCAAUCAGACUUCAGAAAGUUCCUGUGUUUAGGGGACCCACUCUUGAGCUCUGCAGACAAAACUGCCAUGAAGUUGCAACAAGAAUGUCACUCAUCAGUCAAAUCAAAUGGUCACAGUUCAGAGACAGAUUCGUCUUCAGGAUCUUCAGUAAAGACACUGAGGCGGGCUUUCAGCUUGAUACGAUCUGCAAAUCGCAGUGAGUCUUAUGCCAUCCCUGCUCACCAGAUCAUCAGCCUGGUGUCGAUGACAUCACCACGCACUUUCAGACCCCAUCGAGUCUCCUCCUCACCUGCCUUCGUAGAGUUUGACAUGAGUGAGAGUGGAUAUGGCUGCCUCAUCCUGCCCUCUCUGGCCACAGUGAAAGGAGUGACAGCUGAUUCAAUCCCAACAGGUGGAAUUGGAGGAGACUGCAGAGGUUUCCCUCCUGCAGCUGGUCUCUCGUUUUCCUGCUGGUUCCAGAUAAACAGGUUCAGCUCAGCCUGCGACUCGCAUCCAAUCCGCCUGUUGUCGGUGGUCCGCCACAUGUCCCGGACAGAACAGCAGUAUGUGUGUCUGUCUAUCUCCUUCUCGGCGUAUGAUGGCUGUCUGGUCAUUUCCACUGAGGAAGAGACCUUCACAUACCUUGAUAUGAUGGAACCAGAAGUUGGCACCCCCACGUCUCUGCCUACAUCUCUGAGGAUACGCUGCUCUAGCAUGCUGGUCCCAGGUCAGUGGCACCAUCUGACUGUGGUCAUGGCUAAGGAGGUCAAGAAGAACUGUCUGGUUUCAGCCUACUUCAACGGCAAAGCAAUAGGAACAGGAAAGAUGAGGUACAUCCAGCCGUUCCCUGGUCAGUACGCCUCCAUGGACCCCACAGCAGUGAUUGAUGUGUACGGACUGAUAGGCACGCCGGCUCUCUGGAAGGAGCAUGCUGCUUUGGUGUGGAGAGUGGGUCCUUCUUACCUGCUUGAAGAGGCUCUGAGUGCUGACUCUGUGCAAGUCAUUUACACACAAGGCACCGCCUACCUGGGCAACUUCCUGGGUCUGCGCAACCCAGGUGAUGAUCCAGAUGCUGAGUCUGUCCCUCUCAGGCUGGUUCCUGAGGAGAGAAUCUCAUUUGGCAUCAACCCAGCGAUCUCCACACUAACAACUGUUGCACAGAUCAGAGAUGAUUACAAUGAAGUGGACUGCAGGCUGAUUGCUAAAGAGAUGGGGAUAACAUCUCGUGAUCAGACCACGCCUGUGUUCCUCACUCGAAACAUCAGCCAGCACCUCAGUGGUACAGCUCGCACCAUAGGAGCAGCUCUGGUCGGACAUUUUGGUGUGCGUACAUUCACACCCAGCAGUGCAUCCAAUGGUUUCCUGUAUGUUGGUGGCCCUGCAGUUAUUCUCAGUCUGGUUGCAAUGGCACCAAAUGAUAGCUCUCUGUAUGCAGCUGUGAAAGUUCUUCUCUCCGUGCUGGAGACCAACUCAGCCAUGCAGCAAGAAAUGAAGCGCAUCAAGGGAUACAAGCUGCUAGCGUUCCUGCUGAAGAUGAAGAGAAGUCUGGUCAGCCACAGGACCUUCCAGUUGGUUCUGUAUCUGUCCAGCUCAGGGGAGUUGAGCUCUGGGUCAGGUGGUCUGCAUAACACACCUGCUUUCAAGGCUCUGCUGUGUGACCUGGAGGUGUGGCAGAAGACCUCAGAUAAUCUGGACAUUUCUGUUCUGAACCACUUUGCUGAAAUCCUGAACUCCUCAAGUGACGGCAUGAAUGCAGCGGUCCUCCACAGUGGCGGUGUGUUCUCAAAGCUGCUGUUAAAGCUCUCUGAUCCUGCGGUGACCGUUCAGAAGGUCAAGAUAAUUUCUUGUGUCAUCGCAUCCUUGCUGAAAGCUCCCUGCACCCCUCUGGAUGUAAAAAGGCUCGGACUCUUCCUUGUUUACACACUCCCUCCACCUUUCGGCAACACAAAUGAAGGCAACCAGAUAUCUGAAAGCGAUUUUUCCCACAGUAUGCCAGCUCAAAUUUCUGAUCCAGCCAGCCUCAUCUGGACUCGCAACCAGCUGUUACUCAUCCUUUGUGAAAUCCUCGACUCAGACAGCAAAGAACUACAGGAGGUUUUAUUUGACACUCUGGGCAGUGACUGGUUCCUACUCUUCCUUCAGCCGCACCUCCACUCUUCCACCUUGAAACUAGGUCUCAUCCUGCUCACACAUUUUCUGUGGAGUCGCAGCCAACAGAGCAGCUUCAGAGAGGGGAUACUCCCAGCAACGCUCAUAGACGGCAUGGAGGAACCCCUAACUGUCAUGGACAACCUGCGAGUCCAUUCCUGGUCUCAUGAAUGCUCGAGCACCUCGUGUCCCGGCUUUGAGGUUCUUCAGGGGCUGCUGAUCGGACACGCUCUCCUUCCUCAGGUGUAUGAAGCCCUGGCUGCUCUGCUGCUGGAGAGGAAGGCCAGUCACACUGCGGAGGCAAACGUGCCUUUGGAUGACGCUCUUCAGUCAUUGAUCGACAGCCAAGCAGACACUCCGGCUCAGCAGCUCUGUGUCGAAGCUGCGAUGAUUGUGCUUGAGUUAGUCAAAGUAAUCAUCACUCAGCCUGUUCCUACUACAAACACUGAUGCAUCAUGGGAGUUGCAGCUUCCAGCAAGUGUGAUGCAGUUCCUUUGCCUCCUUCACAAUCUUCGGCCCAGAGACCCGCUAUGGGCAUCACCAGAGUUCCUUCACACACUUGCAGGAGUUGUGUUUCCUGUGGACGGCUCAGAGGAUGAGUCUGAGUCUCUUGAAGUGUGUGAAGGUGACGACGCUGUCAACAUUCAUCCAAACAGGAAGCCGGUGUGCGACUUCAUCCGUAUUCUGCUCAUGGACGGUCUUCUUAAUGUGCCCGCUAACAGCAACACACAUCCUCUGCUUGUGCUGCUGGAGUUUUGCCCUGAUGGUGCAUCGCUGCUACAGAGGCAGAGUUUCCAGACUGAGCUGCUGGAAUUCAUCAUGGAUAUCAUCCACAUGCUCAGCUAUGAGGACGAAAACAACACUCACCUCAGCUCACAAGACAGCAAGAGUCAGACUCCUGAGGGACAGACGGGCACACUGAUGGAGAACGUGGUCCUCUUCAGUAAAACUUUGCUGCAGAAACUUUACAGUGGAACGUUUGUGGGAGACCCUGAGAGUUUGCUCAACUUCCUCGCAGAUCAGAUUGUGAUGGCUCUGGAAAAAGGCCAAAGUCAGAAAGAGAGGACUGUGUCAGCGCUCUACUCCUGCACCAACAAAGUCCUGCUGUACUUCUUGUCUCAACCACGAAAAUCCCAAGAAGAAAAGGAAGUGGUCAUCAGGGCAUUUAAGACCUUCAUGGAGCGUUGGGAUGUUGUUAUGGCAACCUACAACUCCAAUGUGAACUUCAUCAUGUGUCUUCUUCGUUGUCUGUUACUGAUUCGGUCUGGCAGCUACCCUGAAGGUUUUGGAUUUGUGGCACAAAAAGUGCACAACAGGAAAACUUCCACUCACCUGUUUGAUACCAAAACCAGACUUUCUGCACGCCUCAGCAAAGGAGCAGACGUUACCACAGAUGACAGAGAGCUUGUGUCCUUAGCCGAGGUUUGCUGGUCAAAGGUCAUGAUCGAGAGGCAACACACACUCGAGGAAACUUGCAAGAUAGAGAUCUCAGCGAGCCCCACAGCGCAGACAGGGCCUGUCAGCAUGACUGACGUCAGCCCUCUGUGGGAGGAGACGGCACACAAAGCCUGGCUGCUGCACACAGAGUCUCAGAAGAAGAAGUUGUCCAGCGGCUCUCAGACAAAGUUCGACGUGAUCAGCAGCGCAGUUCGCUCAGCUUUGGUUAAACCAGGCAAACCCUCAGUAACCGCAGAGGAGUUUCUGUCCUAUAUGGAGUCACAUCGACAGAGAGGCCACAACAUGUUUGAGGCUAUGAGGACAAACCACUUACAGUUACAAACCAGUGAGUGGGAGCGUGUGAGCUCAAAGUGGCUGCAUGUGGAGUCUGAGCUGCUGAGAGAGAGGGCUAUAUUCGGCCCCGGCCCUGGGGUGCUACUGAGGCGAGAUUGGGUGCAAGAUGAAGCCGAGGGACCCAACAGGACCAGAUUACGCAUCCGUAGAAAAGCUCUGAGGCGAUCUAAACGGCAGGCUCUGGGAACGCUGUGUCUGAGUUUAGGGACCGGACUAUCUGAGGAGAACAAAAACAAAACAGAAGGUGAUGCAGAGCCCAAGAUCCUGUGUGAAGUAGGAGCAGAGGCCGUGGAGGAUGAAGAGGAGGGAGGACAGGAUUGUGACCACUUGACCUUCUUCCCUGUUCUGAAUGAGACUCCUGCUGCCACGGAGAGUCACCCUAAAUCUCCUGAAUCGUGCUCUCAAACAUCAAACUGCCAGAAUAUACGCAUCAUCCUGCAGGAGCUGGACCCUGGAGAGGAGGUAAAGGCUAAGAUGUGUGUAGUGAUGGUGAGCGGUCUCAGAGUGUCAGAGGCGGUGCUGCUGUUUGGGAAGGAGAGCCUGCUCCUGUGUGACGGAUUCACUCUCAGUGCUGCUGGAGAUGUUUGUUGCAGGGAACACCAUCCCAGCAGUGUGAGGGACUCCUUUAUUUCCUCCAUGCUGAACAAAGAGCAGCCGCCAGCCAGGUGUCGACACUGGCCCUAUGAGGACAUCAAGGAGGCCCGCUUCAUGCGUUUCCUUUUAGAGGAUAAUGCCAUCGAGGUGUUCAUGAAAAACGGACAUUCAGCCUUCCUGGUGUUUGUGAACAGAGACCAAGUCUCUGCAUAUAAGAGGUUUUGCAUGGUGGUGCCAGCAUUAAAAGGAAGAGGGGUUGCUGAGGUCCUUGCAAAUGCCAGGAAGACUCCUGUGGUUGAGAAGACAGCUCUUAUUAAAUGGCAGAGAGGGGAAAUAAGCAACUUUGAGUACCUGAUGCAUCUGAACACCAUCGCUGGGAGGACAUACAAUGACCUGAUGCAGUACCCGGUCUUUCCCUGGGUCCUAGCUGACUACCAGGCAGAGACGAUCGAUCUAUCAAAUCCUGCAACUUUCCGUGACCUCUCUAAACCGAUGGGAGCUCAGACGGAGAAGAGGAAACAAAUGUUCAUCCAGAGAUAUGAAGAAGUGGAGAACACUGAGUGUGAGGGAGAUCUGCCCUCACGCUGCCACUACUGUACGCACUACUCCUCCGCCAUCAUUGUGGCCUCCUUUCUCGUCAGGAUGGAGCCGUUUUCACACACCUUCCAGACACUGCAGGGAGGGUUUGAUAUCCCAGAGCGGAUGUUUUACAGCGUGAAGAAGGAGUGGGAGUCGGCCUCCAGGGACAACAUGAGUGACGUCAGAGAGCUGAUCCCAGAGUUCUUCUACCUGCCGGACUUCCUGCUCAACUCCAACCACAUCCAGCUGGGCUGCAUGGAGGAUGGAACCACUCUGGGAGAUGUGGAGCUGCCUCCAUGGGCGAAAGGUGACGCCCAAGAGUUCAUUAGAGUCCAUCGAGAGGCCUUGGAAAGCGACUAUGUGAGCUCCAACCUCCACCUGUGGAUCGACCUAAUUUUCGGGCACCGCCAACAAGGCCCUGCUGCUGUGGAGAGUGUCAACACAUACCAUCCUUACUUUUAUGCUCAGAGUGGCAGAAAGGAUGUUAAAGACCCCGUCAUCAAGAGCACAAUCUUGGGAUAUGUCAGCAACUUUGGUCAGGUUCCCAAACAGCUUUUCACCAAGCCACAUCCAACCCGCAGUGGCUCAAAGAAAGAUGGUUCAUCACCACAACAUCCAACUCCAUUUUUCUUCAAACUGGAUAAGAUGAGGACCACAGCUCAGCCAUUCAGAGAGCUGCAGAGAGGCCCUGUAGGUCAGAUUCUGUGUCUGGAAAAAGAGGUGGUGGUCCUGGAGAGAAACCGCCUCCUCCUGUCGCAUCAGUCAAUCUGCUUCUUCAGCUGGGGCUUCCCUGACAACAGCUGUGCGUUUGGAAACUAUGUUACAGAAAAGAUCUUUGCUGUGUGUGAGAGUCUGUGUGACUGGGGAGAGACAUUAUGUGCCGCCUGCCCCAACCCGACGACCAUCAUCUCUGCAGGAAGCAGCGGUGUGGUGUGUGUGUGGGAAGUGGAAGUCAACAAAGACAAACUCACUCACAUGAAACUCCGACAGCCGUUAUACGGUCACACAGAUUCAGUGACGUGCCUGGCUGUGUCUGAAGUCCACAGUCUGAUAGUGAGCGGCUCACAUGACCUCACCUGUAUCCUGUGGGACAUGGAGGAGCUGAGCUACGUCACUCAGCUAACAGGACACACAAGCAGCAUCUCUGCGCUGGCUAUCAACGACCUCACUGGUGAGAUUGCGUCAUGUGCAGGGCCCUUGCUCUACCUGUGGACCAUGAAGGGUCAGCUGUUGACCUGCACUGACACUUCCUGCGGGCCUCAGCCAGACGUCCUGUGUGUCACUUUCACACAGCGGCACGAGUGGGAUUCCAGGAACGUUAUCGUCACUGGCUGUGCAGACGGCAUCAUACGAAUAUGGAAGACAGAGUACACAAGAACACAAUUACCUGGCCCUCCAGAAGCGCCUGUGUCCCCAGGGCAAGACCGAGCAGAGAGAGACGUGAGCAGUUCAUGCCAUGUUAGUGGCUGGGAGAGACAUCUGGUGUUGUGUCAAGAGCUGAACAGAAGUCAAGCUUCAUCACAACGACGCUUCAAGAAUAAUCCGGCCAUCACAGCGCUGGCCUUGUCCAGGAGCCAUGCCACUCUGCUAGCGGGCGAUGCCUGGGGCCGAGUUUUCACCUGGACCUGUGAGUGAGAGGUGUCGCACAAUGAGUGCAAUCAUGCCCCCGGACAACAUCUCUACACACACUUUAAUCUCCCGGACAGACUCUGACAGAAAAUCAUUUGAGCCUCAGGUUUGACACCAGCGGAGUGCUGAGAUCGCUGUGUGUCAGUUCAGGUCUGUGUGUGCAAUCAGAGAGGACGAUGUUACAUUAUUUGGUACAUUAAGUCUCAGACGGUAUAGGAUACUUUACCUCCUGCAUAAAUAUUUAAUUCUGUAUUUUUCUUUGUAAAUAAUGAACAAAUGCAAAAAAAAAAAGGAUUAAACUACUGACAGACAUUUUCUAAA